AUGACAACACUCUCUCGGGACGAUUACACAGUCGGGUGGAUAUGCGCCUUGCCUCCGGAGUUAGCAGCUGCGUACCUAAUGAUGGACAAAAUACACCCAGACCUGGACAUACCGCAGGCAGAUCAAAAUACAUAUAUCCUUGGAAACAUCGGUAAGCACAAUGUUGUUAUGGCGUGUUUACCAAGUGGCGGAUAUGGCAUCGCCCCUGCUGCGACGGUAGCAGUACAACUGCGUACCACUUUCCCCUUCGUCCGAUUUAGUUUAAUGGUCGGGAUUGGUGGAGGGGCGCCAAGCAGCGGUCGAGAUAUUCGAUUAGGUGAUAUUGUGGUGGGCCUGCCAGAAGAAGGUUGUGGAGGCGUGAUACAAUAUGAUUUGGGUAAAAUAUUAAGCGGUGGACAUUUCCACCGAACUGGUAUGCUUAACCGGCCACCAGAGAUCUUGUUGACUGCCGUCUCAAAACUCCGAUCCUUUGACUUCUGGAAACGCAGUCAAGUUCCUGAAUUUAUUUCGCAUGUCCAGGCUACAAGUGCGAAAUUUGCACGACCGGAGCAGGAGGAUCGCUUAUUUCGAACAGACUACACUCACAGAGAUGGCGAUACAUGUAAGGAGUGUGACCCAGCUCAAAUAAUUCGACGUUCUUUACGAAGCAACAAUGACCCUGUCGUCCAUUAUGGACGGAUUGCAUCGGCAAAUCAAGUCAUGAAAGAUAGCAGACGACGAGAUCAGCUAGCUAAAAAGCUUGGGAUAUGCUGUGUGGAGAUGGAAGCGGCAGGACUCAUGAAUAAUAUUCCAUGUCUAGUCAUUCGCGGUAUCAGUGACUAUGCCGACUCACACAAGAAUGAGGAGUGGCAACUAUAUGCAGUGACAGCGGCGGCCGCAUAUGCCAAAGAGCUUAUCCUUGCGGUUUCCACCAAUCCGAGCAACCAUCUCCCGACAACGCAAGAGCAGAAAGCAACGAGUCCUAGUCCCGCAUUGAAUACCACCGCAACUAACAAACUUGAUAUGUUGAAUCAAGAUCCGGAAAUAGCCAAGGAGAUAAAUAACUUGUCUCAGCAUGUAGCAACAGAGCAUGGAGAUGCACCCAGAUCAAACCAUACCAAAAGCCAAAAUCGCCUAGAAGAGAACUCAGCUCCUGAGAAGAGCACACACAUUUUAUCCGCCAUUAAAGAAUUUGCAUCUUUGGAUAUCCUGAGAUUAUCAGGUGGAACUGCCACGCUACGUAAUACUGAAGAAUGUGGAAAAACUCCGAUCCAAUUGUCCAAAGACAAGAUAAUACGACCAGAGCCAGUUCGAAACGAUAAUAUCGAACAGGCUAGUCACACCACACUGAAAGGACAUUCCCGUUUGGUAGCGUGUGUGUCCUUCUCCCCAAAUGGGAAAACUAUAGGCUCUGGAUCUUUGGACCAUCAAGUUAGGCUCUGGGAUGCUACCAAAGGCAUAACAAACUUCGUACUUAAUGGUCAUUCUGACCGUGUUAAUACAAUAGUAUUUUCACCAGAUGGACGACUACUGGCAUCUGGGUCACGGGAUAAAACAGUCCGGCUCUGGGAUACUACUAAAGGCACAAUACAAGUCGUACUGAAUGGCCAUAUUGGCCGUGUGAGCACUAUCAAAUUCUCGCCAGACGGAAAUCUAGUGGCGUCAGAAUCUCUCGAUGGGGAUUACAAGCUCUGGCAUAGUGCUACAGGCAACAUGCACAGGAUAUUGAAUGACCCAUACCGUCGCCUGACCGCAGUUGAAUUCUCGCCAGAUAACAGAAUGGUGGCAUUGGGAACUCAUGAUGACAGUCUUGGGCUUUUGAACAAUGCUACAGGUGCAUUCCAAACGUUAAGAGGAACCUCGGUUGAAAAGGUGAAUUGUAUAGCAUUUUCGCCAGAUGGGUCAAUGCUUGCAUGUGUAGUUGGAAAGGAAAUUACUCUUUGGAACACUACCACAUGCACGAUGCAUUCAACAUUGAGUGGCCAUCGCCAGAGAAUAAAUAUAAUGGCAUUCUCACCAGAUGGGGCAGUGGUGGCAUCUGGAUCUAGUGAUAGGACAGUCAGGCUUUGGCAAACUGGCACGGGUACAAUGAUUAAGAUUCUGGCUGGCCAUUCUAAACCUGUGAAUGCUGUGGCAUUCUCACCGAAUGGAAAAAUGACGGCAUCAGGAUCUGAUGAUAAAACUGUUAGGCUUUGGAAUGUUUCCACGGGCGCGGCGCAAAGACUCACGAGCUAUUGGGGUAAACAUUGCAACAGCUUGGCAUUCUCACCAGAUGGGAGACUAGUAGCCUAUCCAUCCGGCGAGAAUAUCAAGAUCUAUACCACUGGCAUACAGAAUUAG